GGGAAUCCCGGCUGGAAGGACCGAACGGGAGAGUUCCUCCCUACACUACAUAUAGGUUGUCCUUGUUUAACGACCACAAUUAGGACUGGUAAAUCAGUUAUUAAGCAAAGUGGUCACUAAGUGAAAUCAUGACUAUGUUUAUGAUCUUAAGUUUUCCUUUCCUUUAUAGAUUUGCAAAGGUUGUAAAUGCAAGGACUAGUUGUAAAGUUACUUUUCAAUCAUUUGUUCAAUGUUGUACUUCUGUUCAGCAUGUAACAAUACUCCCCCCAUAAAAAGAUAAGAACACUAGUUCACAACCAGUCAAAUCAAAUAAAAAUAAAUUUUAUUCUGAUACACAGUUAACUUACCAAUGAAAUAGAAUUAGAAAGCUUUAAAGCAAUAAGUACUAAAAUUAUCACAGAAGGCACAUAUCUCUCUAAAGGUUCCAGAAAAAUCUAUAUUUUAUUAAGUAUUUAUGAGCAGUCUUUUAAGAAUGUUUAUCCCUUUUGAUUAGCUUGUUAGUGUUUCAAGAAAAUUAUUGUACUGUGGGAUUUUUUUGUGGGUGUUCUUGUAAGAUUUAAUUCAGAAGAAUAGGAACAUGAAUGCAGCAGAUGUCUGCAAUUCAUUACAAGUUGUCCUUUACUUACAAUAGUUCAUUUAGUGACCAUACAAAGUUACAACGCCACUGAAAAAAGUGGCUUAUGAUCAUUUGUCACACUUAGGACUAUUUCAGCAUCCCUUUGGUCACAUGAUCAAAAUUCAGAUAGUUGCAACUGCUCAUAUUUUUGUGAUCUUAUCAGCAAAGUCAAUGGGGAAGGCAGAGUCACUUAACAACCAUGUUACUAAUUUAACAACUGCAGUGAUUCACUUAACAAGGGAAUCAAACAAGGUGAGAAAGGUUGUAAAAUGAACAAAAUUCACUUAAAUGUUUUGCUUAGCAACAGAAAUUUCAGGUUCAGUUGUGGUGGUAACUCAAGUACUACCUGUGCAAGUCAUGAAUACAAAUCAUGUUGCUCUGCAAGAUCAUAUGAUUAGAAGAGAAUUUCAAUCCAGCCAUCAGCUCUGGUAAACAAAUACAGGUGUUUGCAUGAGUCACAAAAAUUGUUGCAUUCACACUCCAAAGUGCCUUUUCAAAUAAAAUCAUCGGGUCUAGUAGAUGCCAUAAAUAUUAUUUCACCAAUAUUGAAAAUUAAAGGCAAGCUGCUUAACUUAAUUGGCUGACCCCUUUCCUGAAAAAUACAGAUUUUCCCAGGAAUACUGAUAACUGUGAAGCUUUGCUGUUUUUUUUUUUUUUUUUUUUUUUAUGUGCAAGCCAUGGUACUCCUUGUGACACUCUACGGAUGCAAAAAUUGGAAAUUAAAGAAUCAGGACAGGAAGUAUAGAUGCCUUUGAACUUUGGUGUUGGAGAAGAUUCCUGAGAAUACUAAGAAGGCAAAGGUUCCCCCUGUCCAGUUGUGUCCGACUUUAGGGGCCGGUGCUAUUCUUAAAGGCUCAGCGGAUUCUCUUGCAACGCGUGGAGAUGCUUCUGGUAGUCAUUAUAUUAUUGCACAGAGGCUCCAGCCUGCCGAGUUCCGGUUGAGCUCCCGUUGAGAACGCCGUUGGCCUUUCUCUGAGAACUGGUGUCGCAAGAACGUUUCUGAAACCAGUGUAACUCGUACGGAUUUUCUUCAGGCGCUUUUCGUGAAAACGUUAGGGAAAUUUACUGUCGAAGAAAGUGGGAGUUUAGCGGGCGUUUUAUUCUCUGAGAAAAAAAACAAAAUCUUCAGACUGGACCAGGAAGAGUGAGAUGCAAAGAACCAGCCUCGCUCUUUGGAGCAUUGUGGGUCCUUCCCCACCCCACCCCCUCUGUACUCCUCAGCCGUUGUCGCUAAGGCUCUUUUUCGCUUGGAGCCCUGAUUGCGUCUGGGGUUCCCCCCUCCCCCUCCGGUACAAGCUGAAUAGAGACUGACCAGGAGCUGCUAUGGGACGAGCGGUGGAAAGCGAAAGAAGCAGUGAUAACCAGCAGGCAAGUAGAGGCGAGGCGAGGCAAUACCGAUGCGGUUCUCUGGAAGCUUCCGUAGGUUUGCGUGGUUAGGACAGGCAUUUUUGGAGAACGAUAAAAAAAAAAAAGGCGUAAGAGGAGGAAAAUGGCAGGACUGGUUUAAUGAGCGGCUAUGGGACGGAACCUCCUCCUCUUAGCAGGUCAUCCACCUGUGUUGAACUGCAGGCCACUGAAUUCCCAGUCUGCGAACCGCCCUCCAGCACAUCUGGGGAUGUAGAACUGUGCCCAUAUCAUCUGCUAAAUAUUUUCAGGAGAUCCUUGUCGUUCAUUCCUUUGAAAUUAAAUACGCUGACCCACCUUGCAGCAGCGUGUUAAAGAGCGGAAGAAACGUUUUUCACUUUCUCAAGUACAUAACUUCUUGUGCUGGUUAUCACUAACGCGUCCGGAUUGCAGAAAUCCCUACGGCCGAUGGAAGAGAGCAAAAAGCUACGAAAAUUCUUAAUUCGAAAAAAACUAUUUAGUGGCCCCUUGUGUUUUGUAGCCUGAAUGGUUUUUUGCGUGGUUAUUCUUACUGGUUAUAAAUGGGUAUGAACAUCUGAUAGGUUUUGCAGGUAAGGUCAGCUAUGGUUUGUAACGAUUUCCACAAGACUUGAAAGAAUACAUUAGAUCAUCAUGGAGAAAAUCCAUGUGGCAUAUAGUUCUUCUGUUAAGAUUUGUUAUGCAGUUAUUUUGAUUAAAAUAUAUAUUGAAAUAUGGUAUACUGUUAAAAAUAAGUAAGCUUAUUUCCCCAUACUGGCUGGGAAAUUCUGGCUAAGGUUGAGAAAUACUGGUCUGUAGAAGGAUUGCCAGAUCUGAAUUGCAGAAAUUAAGAGGACCCUUAGGCAGGGCUAAAAGAUAGGAAGGCUUUGUUGCCCUCUAAUGGUUAUCCAGUAUAUAUGGAAUUGAAAAAAAAAGUAUUUUUGCUUCUUGAUGGAAACAUUUUAUCCUGUUUUAGGAUACAGCCAAAUAAUACAUUUUACAGUAGUAUUAUCUAGCUGACUUCCUCUUUUCUCCUAGCAAAGUGUUUUCCUUUUUUUUGCUCCACAUCCAAUUGCAUAUAUUAGCAAUAUUCCCUUUCCCAGUAAUUAAUUUUGUGCUUGAUAAACUUGAACUGGGUCUAUCAUUUGGAUUGGUUGAUUUAGAUUUGGGUGUGUUUUAUCAGGAUUAUCUUGAUUGUUGCAUAGCUAGCAUAUUUAGAUAUCUGUGAUGUUUUUGACUGGGCACUUGAAUUAUUUUCUGUGGGCUGAAGACACUAGUGCUGUAGAAAGAAUGUGACUAAAUGCUGCUUGCCUUAAUAGUCAACCAUGAUCUUCUCUACAUGCCUUCAAUAUCUUUUGGAAGAAUGGCUUCCUAACAAUUUUAUUUAUAUAGUUGUUUACUCAGUGCUGCUGCUUGCUACUAUAUUAUUUGCCGUUCCACUUGCCAUCGUAUUAUUUUUCUAUAUUUCUGCUUUAUUCCUCCACCUGUAUCAAAGGACACUCAAACUGAAUGGAAAUUAUUGCAGUAAUAUAUGGGAUCCUGUGAAGCUAAUAAUAGCAACCAUAUUGGAUGGAUAUGGAAGAUUAUGGCAUGGGUAUGAGCUCCAUGGCAUCGAAAACAUACCAGAUGGGCCAGGCCUAAUUAUUUAUUACCAUGGAGCGGUUCCCUUGGACUACUUGUAUUUUCUGGCUAAAUUUUUUAUUCUGAAGCGCAGGUGUUGUUACUCAAUAGCAGAUGACUGUCUUUUCAUAUUCCCAGGUAUUAAAGCAUUAACUGGUGUGACGGGUAUUAUAGAAAAUAAAAAGGAAGAGUGUUUAAAUGUCCUCAAGAAAGGCAAGCUACUUGGAAUUUCUCCAGGAGGAAUGAGAGAAGCACUCUUUAGUGAUGAAUCAUACAAGCUCAUAUGGCAUAAGCGUAAAGGUUUUGCUCAGUUAGCGAUAGAUACAAAAGUGCCUAUUAUACCCAUGUAUACACAAAAUGUUCGAGAAGGAUAUUGGAUCUUCGGGCGAUCAAGUAAGGCAUAAUUAUACUGCAUAUUUUAAUUUGAAAAUUAUUUGUUGUUCAAUCUAUAGCUCUCUGUUUUGCAUAGCAUUUAGAUAGAGUGUAAGACACAAACAGAUCCCUACCCCAUUCUUUUUGGGAAUCUGAGCUGAUGGUUGAGUAAUAGAAUGAUAAUUAUUUUUACUUCAUUGUGGUUUUAAUUGACUUGGUGAAGAAAAACUUUUCUUGGGAAAGAAAAACUGAAUGUAUUGCAUGGUACAGUUAUUUCUGUACUUCAUAGGUGAACAAGAGGUUUUCUUGAAGUAUAACACAAAUGCUGAGUUUGUUCUUCAGCUUUACACUAUUCCAAAGACUUAGGAGCAUUUUAGAUUGUCAGAGGAUCUGCAAAAAAUAGCUGCUUUGUUUACCCUUUUCCCUAUUUGGAAAAUGAAGAGGAAAGGACAGGAAACUGCAUGAUAAUUAUAGCUUUUAAUCACAGGAGUGAUAUGCAUCAAGGCCUCUCCAGAGUGCCUUGCAAAAAGAUGUUGUAACCCUAUUACAAUUUGCUACACCCUGUUAUCUGCUUAUUGCCAGGAACUAAAGAGCAAUACUUGAAAUAAAAAUGUAGCAAACUGAAGUAUGUCAAGCGCAAGAAAUCAGGAGCCAAGUUGAUUCAAAUGAAUACAGGUUUAUUGCAUGUAACCAUCUCUACAAGAAUCUGAACUAGUUACAGUCAAAGUGAAUUGGUGGUAGAUAAAAGUCAACGGAAUUCAAGGUGGACUUAGAUCCCUUGUGGGUGCAAAGGGAUUCGAGACUGAUGACAUAUUUGACCCCUCCUUGGUCUCAGCCUGAUCAUCUCCUACAUCUAUUUACUUGUGAUUUAUAUAUUGAAUUUCUUCCAGUCCUUUAAUCAAUUCUUUACAUCCCAGAUUUUUUAUUCAUUCAUCCAUACCCUAAACCUCCCCAUCAUUUUAUGCUAUAAAUUAUUAAUCUGCUUUCUGUCUUGUUAAAACUUAAUUGUAGCAUUUCCAUACAGAGUUUUUGUGGCAGUUUGAAAUCCGAACCCAAUUUAUCAGUUCUCACAGUAUUAACUAAGCCAGGAACUAAAUAAAUUUAUUACUAGCUCCACUAUCCUGCUACGCAUGUCCUAUCAUCUGAAUCUCUGCAUUGCUGGUAAGCUUCUAAUAGGCUUGUUACCACUUGCAGAAAACUUAUUUGAUUGUUACCUUGAUCAGAUUAUCGACAAGCUCCUUUAGUAUCUAGAAUGCACUUCAUUUGACCCUAGAAACUUACAUUCAUUUCUAAUAAAUUCCCUGACCAUGUUUCUUUGAGUUUCAAGCUACAGCCCACCCUCCUUAUUUUGUUUUUGUUUUUUUAAAUGGCCUUGUGGAUCAUGUUCUUUUGUUGGAGAUGAAGAAAAUAAAAUAGCUAUUCAGUAGCAGUCUUUUCUGCUAGUAUUUUUCUAACUUGACUGAAGACCUAGUACAGUGAUGGCGAACCUUUUAGAGACUGAGUGCCCAAACCCCAACCCAAAACCCACUUAUUUAUCGCAAAGUGCCAGGGGCUGAUCAGCAUUGUGGUGCCCUGGGGAGGGCAUGCAAAAACUAGAGGCGCAAAAAUGGGCCACUAUGCUGCAAGGUGCAAAAAUGGCCACCAUUGCGCCGCGGGGUGCAGAUACAAGAUGCUGCACCAAGCAAGAAUGGGGCAGGGCUAGUAUCAUGCAGGCACUAGCCCCACCUCAUUUGCAGCGCGUGCAUACUCGCGGCCCCAUGCAUGCACACCACAUGUAAAAUACUUCCCCCUCCCUUUUUCUUCCAGUCCGCCAAUUGGCAAUGGUUGGUGACCUCUGCUCUACCACCUCUACUCAAGCUUGCUAGUCGGCCGCUUCACCUCUUUGUGCUGGGCAGAGCUCCUGCUCUGGGCGGUGGUGGUGGCCUGAUGGACCUGCUGCUGGUGGUGGCACGCAUGCCAACAUAGAGGUCUCCGAGUGCCGCCUCUGGCACGCUUGCCAUAGGUUCACCACCACUGACCUCGUAUAUUAAUUUUUCCCUUUUUAUUUUGAAUAUAUUUAGAUAAGCCCACUUUAUUCUUAAUAAACAGCAACAAUUUCAACUCAUUCUGAUUGUUUUUAGUUUUCCUUAUACCCAGUCUAAAUUGUAAGCUAUUUGUUUUCAUUUUUCUGUGAUCAGUCCCUCUUUCCAACUCUUGUUCUUUUUUCUUUCAUAAAUGCUUUUUGUUGUUUUUUACUUACUUAAAUUUUGCACAGCUGUGCUAUUACUCUCCCCCCUUUAAAAAAGUAUAUUAGCUUUUCUAGUUUACUCCUUUUUGAGAUUUUCAGUUUGCUUUAGAAAACAUCAUAUAUAUCUUUUUGAUUGAGUUUACAUGAUAGACGCUACCUUGGUAGUAUUGCAAAGUUCCUUUAGUUUGUAUUUUUUUGUUUCACUGACUGAAAAAAUAGUGUGAGAACACCCAUCAUCUUGAAUUGCCUUCCCAAGUUUUCAAAGUCCAUGAUGACAUAUUUAGGUCCUUUCUUUGUAAGUAUAUUGAUCUCACAAAAGUAUAUUAAUCUUACAAAAUGUUUUACAUUUUAUUAUUUUUAUAUGUAUAAUAAUUUUUCCCUUUUUAUAAAAAAUGUCCUAUAUCUUUUCUACUUCUUGAGGGUUUAUAAACAGUGCCACAAGAGAAAAACUACUAUUUGUCUGUCUCUUCUGGAGUUAUAAACAAACUAUAGAAUAAUUUUUUGCCUGAAUAAAUUUUUGAAUGAAUAAUAACAAAGCCAUGGGGAAAGAGUCUAGUAACAUUGUUACAUGCAAUAUGUAUGCAAUGUUUGUAUUUCUACCUAUGGAGAACUCAAAUCACCCAUGCAAUAAGUAUAAAUUGGUUAGAUUACUUGAAGAAAAGAUGAAGAAUUUCAAGGCAAGUCAAGCCACUAAAACUCCUGAUACUCCCACACUUUGUUUAUUUAUGAAAUUUAUUUGCCAUUCAGCUCACUGUUCAGGCAAAUUUCAAAAGUGAACAUGAAGAACAUGAUGAACUGUUAAAAUCAAAAGUCUCUAUCCAAACAAAACCAAGAAAAGAUGAUGAAGAGGAAAGGCAAGGGCAAUGGUAGUAUGUCAUGUAAAGAACAAAAGGAUUGAGAAGGCAGCCUAAGCCCUCUCUGGAACUGCACAGUCAAUUUCAUAUUCCCCUCCCCAGGAAACACAUAGACAGCUGAAGAAAAGUCUUUCCCAAAUAUUUCAGUGAUAAGAAGUAAGGUUCCAGUAAUAAGAAAUAAAGUAGCCCAGACUUUUCCAAAGAAAAAAAGUGUGUGUUGGUGAUCAAUGACUCAAUAUUCAGAGGAACAGAGUCAACAGUCUGUAGACCAGACAAUUUCUUAAGGGAAGUAUAUUGUCUACCAGGUGAAAAGAUUAAAAAUGUCACAGAAAUAAUCAAGUCCACAGAUUGUUAUCUCUUUCUCUCAUUCAUGUUGGACAAAUGAUACAGCUAAGAGUCUGAAAACAAUUACAAUGGACUAUGAGCAAUUAAGUAGGAAAGUCAAAGAGUUAGGAGUAUAGGUUGUGUUUUCAUCUGUACAUACAACAAAAAGGUCAACAUCCAAUGAGGGAACAUAGUAGAAGUAAAUUUCUGGCUAAAGAAUGGUACCAUCUAGACCAGGCAUGUCAAACUGCUGGCCUGCAGGCCAGAUGCAUCACACUGAAACCGCGCCCACCCCAUUGCUGGCAAUGGGGAAAAAGUCCCGAUAUGUUGCAUGAUGUCACGUGACAUCGCGAGUUUGACAUGCCUGAUCUAGACCAUGGAUUAUACUAUGUACAGGAAGGGCUGUACGAGAGAUAGACUGCAUCUCACAAAGACCAGCAAGUAAGUGUUUGGGAAACAACUGGCUCAGACCAUCUUUUAAACUAAAACUGGAGGAGGAAGGAUAUUAGUUUAUAGGACUAAAUCCAACAUAGAAAAACAGAUAACUAGAAAGGGAAUGGUGAACAAGGGGCACACAAGUACAAAUCAGGAGAUAAAGGAAGCAAAACUAGGGUCAACCAUAAAGGGCUCAAAGCCCUGAAUACCUGUGCCCAAAGUAUGGGGAACAAACAGGGAGAGCAUGAAAUUCUAGUUUAUGAGGGCAAAUAUGAGGUAGCUAUUAUGAAACUUGGUAGGAAGAGAGGGUGUCAAAAUGUAUGUAGGGAAUGACUACACAUUACUACAGAUGAAAGCCUUCUUGGAUAUUUGGGUAAAUAUUAGAGGAAAAAGAAAUAACUGUAGGUGUGUUCUACAGGUCACCCAACCAACCAGAGGGAUAGAUGAACUUUUGCUAAUCAGUUAAUAAUAAUAAUAGUGGUAAAGUUGGAAGGGACCUUGGAGGUCAUCUAGUCCAACCCCCUGCUUGGGCAGGAAACCCUACACCAUUUCGG